AGCAAUGCAAUCACAUUUCACUGUAGACUGUGCAGUUGGAAAUGUAAAUUACUGGAAGCUUGUGAUAGUAAACGGGAUUAAAUUGUUGUGGUUUAGUGGACACUAUUAUUAUCAACAUUAUAUAAUGUAAUAGUGUUAUAAAUGCCAUUUUUGUGGGAAAUCCUUUCACAAUCGAUGUUAUAACAUAAAUUAAAUGGAUUUUAUGGAAUAGCCUAGCUCUUGGAUUGUUAACCCUGUAGGCUAUAAAUUAUGAAAUGUUUUCAUCACAAUGUACCAGGCCAUUGAGUAAUAGUUAAAAUCAUUUAUGAAUGGCUAUAAUGUCUGGACGGACAAAAAGACAAGCCAAGGUUUUGGAAGACAACUUUUGGGAUUGUAGUGUUUGCACUUAUAGAAAUACAGCUGAAGCUUUUAAAUGCCUGAUGUGCGAUGUACGCAAAGGAACUUCGACAAGGAAACCAAGAAUUAAUCCUCAGUUGGCAGCCCAGCAGUAUACACCUGCACCCCCACAGAAAGCCAAUAAAACUGAAAAUGGUCAAAAAGACAAGUCUGAGAAAAAAACAUCACAGCAGAGUAAAUCAGGAAGAAAAUCCUGGCUUCCACCAAAACUGAAAAAUGUGGAUCGCAGCUCAGCUCAGACACGGGAGGUGACAGUAAACAACAUCACAGUGAUGAUCACGGAGUAUAAACCCAAGGCGAAGAGCUCACAAGACCAGUCAGAGCACAGCAGUGCUUCAUCCGAGGCCGAGUCCAGUGCAGACAUGCGUAGCACAGACACUGAUUCCCCCAGCUCAUAGACUCACCAUUCUUACUAUAAUGUAUUCACUUUUAAAGAUUUUUUAGAUAAUAAGAUAGACCCAUUAUAAUUUUUUUACUACCUGUAAAAUAAAUAUUGCUCAUCAUUUAGUGAUGUCGAAUAUUUUAAUAGUUUUUGCUUUCUCUUAUAUAAUAUAGAAAUAGUCAUGGUUCAAAAACCAACUUUUAUUUUUCAGCAAAAACAUCUGUUUUUAACCCCUCUAUAUAUAAAAAGUAGGUUUCAUGAAAAUGACUAUAAGUACUGGUAUGUUUGUGUACCCACAGUUUUUUACCUGGUAAUUUUUAUGUACCGGUAUGCCAGGAAUGUACAAGCUUAAAUUACAUAUUAAUUAGCCAAUCAAUUGUUCAACCAGCAGGAACCAGAACAGUAAAUAAAUCAAAUUUUGGUCAGAAUGAUAUCCAUAACCUGUAUUUUAUAAGAAAAAGAGAAGGGACUUUAUUGAUAGUAUAAUGUUUUUACUGGUAAUCACGGAUAAAUCUUUGCUUAAAAGAAAUUAUAGGCAAUAGUUUUACAAUACUUCUAUAAUGUUGGCAAUGCAUUUUUAAUUGAACUUAAGAUUAAAUUAAAACAAAUAAACAAUGUAUGUCUCCUGUGUAGCUCUCAAUUCUAAUUCUGUCUAUCUAAUUUUGGAAUAAUUAUAUUUCAUUAUUAGUUUUACAUCAUAAUGAAGCUUAUUUCUUAAGUAAAAUAAUAUCAGACUUGUAUUAGUAGGAGGUUUCCAAGCUGAAUUAUAAAUAGUAUUUUUUAAAGUAAAAUCAGUCAUCCGUGGUUUAAGUUUUGUGUAGGCCUUACAAGAAUUCUUAAUUUUAACCUUGCUCUGGUAUAAAAAUCUGUAUUAAAGAAUAAUUAAACAUUGACAAAGCUUCGGUUUUACUAUAAACUUAAGACCAAUCAGCCUCAUCUAACAGGGAACUGAGCUUAGUGUUGUCAGUGCGGUACCUUGUUGAAUGCAAGAAUGAAAGUUAAUGUUUCUCUAACUUUAAACCAAGAUUGGAAUCUCCAGAGCAAAUCAUCAACAUUGAUGCAGUCAAUAUCUUUCUUGCUUAUUCUAAGACAAUUGCUAGGGGAAUUUUUUGUUACAGUCACAGCGAGCGAGAUUUACUUAAUUUUGCUUUAGCGCUUUAUUGCAACACAACUUGCCCUAAUGAUGUAAAAUAUAAGUAACAGCAACAAGGAAAAAACAAACCUCUGCCAAUAAAUCUAAUAUGCACAGCAUUAAACAUAAAAUGCUAUACAUAACACAAAAUACAAAUUCUGGAGCACUAUCACAACUUUAAAACAUGAUUUGAUUAUUUCAAAAAUUGAAUCCUCAAAGAUAUUAUAUUAAAGGUAAAUGAAAGCAUUCCAAUGCGUAGUUCCUUAAUUCAUUUUCUGUGUAUUUAAAACGUCUGUUUAAUAUUUAUGAUCCUGCCAAAACUUGGUAAAGUUUGUACAAUGUAAAUAUGUGAAAAUAGGAUAAUUGCCAAACAUUACUUGAACAAAGUAGAUAAAUCUGUGCUCAUAAAACAUCAAAGAUAAUAUUGUUGUUUUUAUAUAUCUAAUGAUUUACUUGAUAAGUCUAAAUAGUCUGUAUAUAUUAGUAAUUUGUUACUUUCUUUUGUAAUUUUAGCAACUAUGCAGGUUGUUUUAAACAUUAUGUGUUAAAAUAUUUUGGGGAUUUUGAUUGUAAAUAUCCCAUGUUCAUGUUUCUGAUUGUGAAAGGAGAUAUGACUUAAAAUAUUGAUAGAGCGUGUAACACUUAGUGACUGUACAAUUUAAACCUUUAUUAUUGAGAUUUUAGGUUAUUUCACUGUGAUUAAUUUUCUCUUUUAAUCUACAGAAAAGCAUCCAUCGUUUGUAUAGUUAAUUUUGUGUCAGUAAAAGUAUGACUUGGAGUUAACUAUUUAAACUGCAUUUAGUCUUAUUAAUCAUUAAAUUGUUGAAUAAGUCUAUUUAAUAACUUUAUUUUAAGGAUAGUGGCUUAAAAAUUGCAAUUUAGUGUCUGUCAGUCAUGAGUAUUCACUGGGUGUAACUGUAAAACAAUGUUUUAAACAGUAUUUUUUAGUCAGCAAGUGGGGGAAGUUGCUGAAAACCGAUGUAUUUUAAAAUGUGUGGGUCCUUUUGAUAGAUUAUAGAUUUUUUUUAAAUACCUCCAUACUGGAAAAACCAUAGCAUGUAAGACUUAAGUUUUAUCAGAGUUGUAUUGAUGUUUCCAACCAUAUAUUUGUUCAAAAGGGUGUUUGUGGACAACUGGAAUAGGUUUAAUACAAGGUUUAUUUAUUAAUGAGUCAAAUAAUAUUAUCAAUGCUGUUCUACCUCAAAAAAAGUUUAGUUUUGAACAAAAAAAUGUUAUGGCAAAGAAAUAAAAUAAAAUAAAUGUCUUUUUGUUAAAAUGUAUCUAAAUUGUUAUUCAGUUUAUUCAGUUUGUUUGUUAGUUGUCAAUUGUAAUUACUAAGUCUCAAUUCCGUUAAACCCCUGUUGUCCCAAUUUAUAUUUAUAUUUAUAGAGCUAAUAAAUGUUGUUUCCAAGUGACACACCCUUGUCUGCCCAUCAAAAAAGAGGUAAAUGAACUUUAUGUUUCAUUAGAAAAGAUAAUAUGGUCAGUUCAUAAAUAAUUUUAAUUUGUUUUUGGGUUUGCAUAAUAAAUUCUAUCUGUUUAGUUGAAAUCGUCCUACAUUGCUUGGGUUAAUGUAGGUGAAGCUGAAGGCAACAGCUGUUUGUGUUUACAUAUAAAUAUGAAAUGGAAAAUACUUAUCCUGUGAUUUGUAUUUAUUCUGGAAAAAAAUGUGUUUAUUACUGUAAUAUGUUUAGGGGAUUGGAUCUGAUUGUAUUUCAUUAUAAAACAAACAGUGUUAUCAAAAAUAUGAAGUACAUUUUCUCUUCAUGAAUUAUUGUAUUUAUUUAAUUUAAGACAAAAAAGGUAACAUGGUUUGUGCUUUAUAUUCAAUACAAAAUACACCUUUGUCAAAUGAAAUAAUAAUAUUUUAAAUCACACUUUGCAUUGCUGUUAUACCUAACUCUAAAAUUUGGUUGUUCAAGAGGUAAAAUAGAAUCACAUCAUAUGGUCUGUGAAUCCCUUAUGUUACAAGGGAUUUAUUUUGUUACUUUAGUUAAUUUUAAUUUGAAAUUUUUUAUUCACCACAGUAUUUACGUUUAACGUACAGGUGGUAUUUAUGUAAACUCCAGUAGUCUUUGAAUGAUUUAUAAGUGUUCUAUAGUUUAAUAUAGUGUGAAUAACCUAUAAUAUGUUUUUAUAUUUUAGUCAACACUAUUUGUAUAAAAUAUAUUAUUACGUUAUAAUACUUUUUAUCUUGUUGCAUCACUGUUUAAAGACUGAUUUCAUAUGUGUUCUAAUGCUUUAAAAAUGUGUACAAAGUUUAAUAUUAUUUGUCAUAAACUUCAGCACAAUCUCAUUAAACUGGACUUUUUGAACAUUGACAUUAUCCAUGAAAAGUACUGAGAUUCUAUUAAAAACAAAUAACCUGAAAUUUAGGUAAGUUAUAAACAAACACUAAACAGAGUACAAAAGAAAUUUCUUUAAUAAAACACAAUUUAAUUUUUUUAUUAAAAUGUUAUAUACAUAAACAAACUUUUAACACGUUCAUUGCUGAUCUUUUUCAAUACACCAUCCUGUUUACUGAAGUAAUUUUUUUUAGUUUUAUUUGAAUAAGUCCUUUAAAAUACUUCUUUUGAGGGAAAACGGCAAAGCUCUGUCCGUUUGACCUUUUUUGGAAUAAAUUAUAAUGUUGUGAUGUGUAUUUUUGUUCUUCUUGAUUGAAGUCUUUUUAAACAUAACAUUUUUAUUAACUGAAUUUCAAAUCUGUUCAUUGAGAAAACAGUUCUUCAUAAAAUAGAUGACAAGAACACAAGCCCUAAAUUUUACUGUGGAAAACAGUUUAAUCUUGUAAGAAGCUACAAAAUAAUUUCUUCAGAACACUAUUUUCAAGAUUAGGCUACUACUUUCGUGAGAGAAAAAUAGUUUUUUAGGCUACAUGAUAAUGAUAUCAUUCUUUGCUGAGCAAAUUUCAAUAUUGUUUCUACAAAUAUUUAUACUAUUUAUUUAUUAAGUUUUUCAGUUUCCAUGAUAUUCCUCAAAACAGUUUUUAAGAUAAAGAGCUGAUUUUUGUGGACAAGCCUUACAGUAAAAAGUGGUGUCUUUCUUCCUGCCCUAUGUGUAGCAUACAUGACAUUGUUUUCUACCUCUCUUUUCAUUCAGUUACAAAGCUAGCUUUGUAGAUAAAUGCCUUAGAUGAUUUUUCAUGAACUACAUCAUCAUUAUUUGCACUGUUGGGUUCAGGUGCAAGAAGACUUUUGACCACAGCUGUUCUAAACUAUAACAUUGACAUUUUCUUGUUGCUAUUAUGCUUGUUGUAUGGUAUAAAGGUGUUAAUUAUGCCCAUUUACAAAAUGUAAAUUAGGAACUUCUUAUACCAACAAACUGUUUUUCUUAAAGAUAGUAGCUCAUAAGUUGGUUUUUCCUAUCAAUACCAUUGAUACCAAAAUCCUUCCCACAUAGCUAGUAAUGUAGCUAUGGUGGGAAGGUUUUAUUCAGUGUGAAUGUUCAGUUUAGUUCAAGUUCACCUUCCUCUUAGUGCAGUGUCUGGAAUUUGACGUAGUAACAAACUUUUUCUAUCAGAUUUGAUACGCUGCACUAAGAGAAAGGUAAACUGGAGCAAAACUCAACAUUCACAUUAAUAUAAGUGUUAUAUUCAAUCACAGGUUGAAUCAAAGACUUCACCUGUUCAACUCCUCUUUUACUUGUCACUUAUUGUUUCAGACUGACUAGUGAUGUACAAAACAUCACUUUUAACUUUCCAUUUUCCUACCAUAACUUCCUUGUGAUAUUUUAAUGCUCUCUCACCUCUCUUCAGUUUUUUACAACUUCUUUCAAAACAUCAACUCCGUCUUCUCGUAGAGUUCCUGUUUUGUAUGUUCCCUUUUCUAUAAGAGCUCUUGUCAAUUUGAUAUUAUUUUAAAAGUUAUCAACAUUGAGUGCUCUUUUUUAAGUCAUUCUUCCAUGAAAUAAAAUACUACUUUCUUUGAGUGCCCUUAACCAGAAAGUAUGUCCAUAACACCAGCAUAUACAGCAAACUUCAUCUCAAGGCCUCUUUAGGUUAACUCAGAAUGUGAAUGCAGUAUUUGUGUCUAUUGUUUUUUAUGUAUUGUUUGAAUACCAACUACCCCUCUAUAAAACCAUGGACUCUAAAGAUGACUCUGCAAGGGGCGUAAAGACAGGAAAUUUUUUAUUGAAAUAAUUUAUAACCAGUUUGUGUUUUUGCUAUCAGUCAUCUUGGACUUCAGAUGCUGGAUGCAUAUAUUGUAAUAUAACCAAAAAAUCUGUCCUUCGACAUAUUUUUAUUGACAAUGAUUAAUUCAUGAUUUACGUUUUAGAUUUCCAUUCAAAAAAACACCAGCUGCAUAUAAAUUCGUCUACCUGAUAAUGGCCCAUAAGAAGCAAUCAUCAAUAACGAGUUGAAAAUAAUCUAUUGGAUUGUUGCUAGGCUGUGGAACUUUCAAUCCUGUCGGUUGGUUAAAUAAAACUUUUCCAUCCGAGGUAAUUCAUCCCUCUGUAACUCAACACGAGGAGGUUUUCCCCAUGUUGUGUUGCUAGUUGAGGGGGAUAAGGGAAGUGUACCAUUGGCCAUGUUUUGAAGGCCACUAAGACCAGACAAGUCAUUAUCACUAGAACAUGACACAGUACAUGAUAGACGUGAGUUUUCAAGGUCAUCAUCAAGCUCAUCACUAAGAUCAUUCCCUUUUCACUACCACUAAUAUGUUCACUACCACUUGGUUUAUAGCUAUCACCACUACCGUACUAGUCGGAUUCUUAUUCAUAAUAUGCAUAUCUAUUUAUUUCACUGAGAGUUAGACUAUCAGGAUUAUUAAAUGCCAUUGGUUUCUUAUCACUCAUACUUAAAACCAUGAAACAAUCUAAAAAAAAAUGAAGAGCACUGUAUAUGUUACUGACAUUAGCCACUAACAACAACAAACUAAACAGGACCGGACAUUUGGCUGUAUAUGGGUGUGUGAGCAAUGCUACACUAACACAUCAUCUGCACAUGAUGAGACUCACUACACUAGAUGACUCAUUUACAUGUCGUCUGCAUUGAACGUGUUAAAUAACAUAGCAAACACAUAAUAUUUUGUACUUUUGAUCAUAUGGUAAAAUACUUUAUUUAUCAGUUAAAUAUGUUUGAGAGACAAUUGUUCAGAUUUAUAGAGUCUUUAUUAAUGAGGUUUUACUGUAUACAUUUUAGUGUGAUUAUAAUGUAAGCAAAAAUGUAAAUAUAUUGUAAAUUUGUUAUUUUAAAAUUAAAAGAGAUUGAACAAA